AUGGACAACAGCACAGCCCCAACUCCAUACGUAGCUGGAUUGUUUAAUGAGACUUUGCUCACACAGCCCUCGAGCUCCAAGUUUUCGCUGGGCGUGCUGGUGCUGCUGGCUGUCCUCAUGGUGUUGCUUGCUCUGGUCACCAUCCUCGGCAACGUCCUGGUGAUCCUUGCUUUCAUCCUGGACAGAAACCUCAGGCAUCGAAGUAGCUAUUACUUUCUCAAUCUUGCUAUUUCUGACUUUUCUGUGGGUGCGUUCUGUAUGCCUUUGUACAUCCCUUAUGCUCUGACAGGGACGUGGCACUUGGGAAGGGGCCUGUGCAAGAUCUGGCUAAUUAUGGACUAUCUCCUGUGCACAGCUUCAGUAUUUAACAUCGUCCUUAUCAGCUACGACCGUUUCCUGUCAGUUACAAAAGCUGUGUCUUACAGAGCCCAGCAGGGAAUAACAUCUAACCCUGUCAUCAAGAUGGUGGCCAUCUGGGUCUUUGCCUUCCUCCUCUACGGCCCGGCAAUCCUCUUUUGGGAGCACGUGGCUGGACGCAGUGUGGUAGCGGCAGAUCGGUGUUACGCCGAGUUCUUUGACAACAGGUACUUCCUCCUGUGUGCAUCCACUCUGGAGUUCUUUGUGCCACUGCUCUUGGUGACCUACUUCAAUGGGCACAUCUUCCACGACAUCCAGAGGCGCCAGUGGCACGGCAGCAUGGGGGAUGGCGAGCCUCCGAGGAGCAGCAGCCUGUCCUGGAGAUUUUGCCUCUUGCCAAGGCCGGGAGCAUCUUCUCCGUCUGAUGCAGAAGACAGUGUUUCAUCAUUCACAAAGUCAUGGAGAGAAGAAGGGAAAGUUAGCUGUUCAUCUCCAACACAAACCAGUGCCACAGCUGUCAAAAAGGACUAUUCUGUUUCGCUCCAUUCAAGAGCUGGUUCAAAACUGCAGCGGGACAAGAAAGCAGCCAAGUCACUUGCCAUCAUUGUGUGUGCAUUUGCCAUCUGCUGGGCCCCAUACACUCUGCUCAUGAUUAUUGGUGGGACCUGCCAAGGAACUUGUGAUCAUAAGUCCCUGUAUGAAACCGAACUGACCUGGGUACGCAACAUGGACAACAGCACAGCCCCAACUCCAUACGCAGCUGGAAUGUUUAAUGGGACUUUGCCCACACAGCCUUCGAGCUCCGAGUUUUCGCUGGGCGUGCUGGUGCUGCUGGCUGUCCUCAUGGUGUUGCUCGCUCUGAUCACUAUCCUCGGCAACGUCCUGGUGAUCCUUGCUUUCAUCCUGGACAGAAACCUCAGGCAUCGGAGCAACUAUUACUUUCUCAAUCUUGCUAUUUCU